AUGAAACAGUCAUCUUCGUCGCUCCGCACGUCGGACCUGAACGGAAUGCAAAAGCACCGACGUAUCACCAUUGAGCGGCUGGAAAAGUAUCUGCAAAAUGGUCAAUUUUCCGAUGUCAAUCUUCAUGCCACAUUGGUGAAAGAGCGGAAUCAAGAGGCUGUCAACUUGCAAGUGUUCUCUGUACCCAAUGGACGACGGAUUCCUUUUGCUGACGCGAUCCAAGGCUCAUACCAGCCCACGCAAGUUGGGGAGAGCUUUGGUCCAACCUGGUCGACUCAUUGGUUUAAGGUCACAAUUACCAUCCCUGAAUCGUAUGCUGGGCAGGCGGUCGUUUUCAUUUUCGAUCCCAGCUGUGAAGCAUUAGUAUGGUCGACCAAGGGUCAGCUUUUGAUUGGAAUUACGGGUGAUAAAAAUGUGGAUCGGCAUGUUGACUAUAGGUUGACAAAAUCUGCAAAAGGCGGCGAGCAAUUUGAGCUCUAUGUGGAAGUUGCUUGCAAUGGAAUGUUUGGAGCGGGAAUUGGCGGGAAUGGCUCCAUUAAUCCACCAGAGGAAGACAGAUACUACCGCCUAACCACGGCUGAGAUCAUUGUCCCGAACACAGACGCAUUUGAUCUUUUGUGGGACAUGGAGGUCUUGUUAGGCAUGGUCAAGGAACUUCCGGAAAACACCCAAGCUUCCUGUGACGCUCUUUACACGGCAAACCAGAUUGUUAACACUGUCUUCCACGACGACUUAUCCUCCAUUAAAAAGGCCAAAGAGAUUUCCCGUGAGUUUUUUGAAAAGCGAUCCCACACUGGUUAUUCGCAGCAUGUCGUAACGGCUAUUGGCAAUUGCCAUAUUGACACCGCAUGGCUCUGGCCUUAUGAUGAGACUAAACGGAAGGCUGCUCGUUCUUGGUCGACACAGGUAUUUAGAUUAAUGGAGAAUUAUCCAGAGUACGUUUUCACUGCAUCGCAAGCGCAGCAGUUUGAAUGGACGGAACAGCUCUAUCCUGAGCUAUUCGAACGCAUCAAGGAGCACGCGAAAACUGGAAAUUUUAUUCCAAUUGGAGUCGCGCAGACCUGGGUCGAAAUGGAUUGUAACCUACCCUCAGGAGAAGCAUUCUGUCGACAGUUUUUGUACGGACAGCGGUACUUUGAAGAAAAGUUCGGGGAAAGGUGUACUGUUUUUUGGUUGCCGGAUACCUUUGGAUAUGUACUGCUUCUCCUGCCAGGGUUGAAAUAUUUCUUUACACAAAAGCUGUCCUGGAACAAUAUCAACAAGUUCCCACACACAACCUUCAUGUGGACUGGACUUGAUGGCACUUCGGUCCUGACCCACUUUUCACCCGCGGAUACUUACACUGCGCAAGCAAGUGUUCGCGACGUUGUAUUUGCUGUACACAACAACAAGGAUAAACCCUACAGUAACCAAUCACUUUUGGUCUACGGUAACGGUGACGGCGGCGGUGGUCCCCUGAUCCCAAUGAUUGAACGGCUACGUCGCAUGCAGAAUGUCGAAGGGUUACCGGCCACGGUCAAAUUCGGAUCGCCAAACACUUUUUAUGAAGAAUUGGAGCAAACCAGUCGCGAUCUUGUCAGCUGGAAGGGCGAACUGUACUUUGAACUCCACCGGGGAACCUAUACAUCUCAAGCUCUUACGAAAAAGUAUAACCGUCAAACCGAGCUUCUCCUUCGUGAUAUCGAAAUUCUGUCUUCCUUGUGUGUGGCCACUGGAGUGUCCGACUUCAAAUAUCCAAAGACAGAACUGGAUCGUUUAUGGAAACUAGUUUUGCUCAAUCAAUUCCAUGAUGUGCUGCCGGGAUCAUCAAUUGAAAUCGUAUAUCACGACGCUCUCAAGUUUUAUGCUGAUGUUGUUGAGAGCGGCACCAAGCUGCGAAAUGAAGCAUUGGAAGCUUUGAUUGGACGGCAGAGGACUAGCACAAAGGGACCUGCAACUGUUUUCAAUCCCACUUCUUGGACUCGUCCAAGGCAAGUCAUAGAACUCGACACGGAGACUGCCAAUGUGGAUGUGUCAAUAUUGCAACAGACUUCGGCUGAUGGACGUAAAGCUCUGGUGAUAUUGGAAGAAGUCCCGGCAUACGCUCUCAAAACCGUUCAAAUGGGUUACAAGCCCAGCGACUUUGUCCCUGUCACCGGUAUAUCUACUGUGGUGAAAUUUGACACCUCAUCCGGUGAGAAGACGAUUGUUGAAAAUGCUUUCAUCAAGGUCGUCUUCAACCAACACGGACGCAUAGAAAGUUUAUACGACAAAAAGGAAGGGCGUGAAACGAUUGCUCCACAAUAUUUGGCGAACGUCUUCAAACUGUAUGAAGAUAUUCCGCUUUAUUGGGAUGCCUGGGAUGUGGAGGUCUAUCACCUCGAGAAAGGCGGGGAAGUCGCUCCUGGGACACUCUCUGUUGCCGAGACAGGUCCAUUACGCGCUGUCCUCAAAGUAUCACAGCCCAUCACCAAGCAAAGCAAAUUGGUGCAGACCAUCAUAGUGACGGCAACAAGUUCAAUGGUCGAGUUUGAUACCUGGGUGGAUUGGCAUGAAAACCGAAGGAUAUUGAAAGUCGAGUUCCCUGUCGAUAUUGCUAACGACUUUGCAACCUACGAGACGCAAUUUGGAUUCAUCAGGCGGCCAACUCAUUACAACAACAGUUGGGACAUGGCGAGGUUCGAGGUAUGCGGACACAAGUUUGUGGAUUACUCUGAACACGGCUAUGGUGUUACGCUCUUGAAUGACUGCAAGUAUGGUUUUGCGGUUCAUGGAAAUGUAAUCCGUAUGUCGUUACUUCGAUCUCCAAAGGCACCUGAUUUGCACUGCGACAUGGGCGAACACAGAUUCCGUUACGCACUGUACCCUCAUCGCGGCGGCUUCAAUGAGAGUAACGUGGUUCAAGCGGGUUAUGAGUUCAAUGUGCCGUUAUUGAUCAGGUCUGUCUCCUCAACAUUCUCAGCUUCCAUCGAAACCCAAUUCUUCACUGUCGAUACUUCGAAUGUUGUCUUGGACACCAUCAAACAGGCGGAAGAUGCUAAAGACAAAGACAUCGUUCUGAGGCUGUAUGAAGCCUAUGGCGGGCGGGGACGAGCUCGCGUCAAGAGCACCUUGCCCAUCAAAAAGGCAUUCUUGUGUAAUAUUUUGGAAGAUGUCACUGAAGAGGUUAAGAGGGACGAUGAAGGUGCUCUUCUGUUAGAGUACACUCCUUUCAAGGUGUUAAGUAUCAGAAUUGCCGUCGAUUGACUAGAUGAUGGGUUUUUGCUGGUAGAUAUGGAUGGAGAGAACGUGUUUUGGAGAGACCACAUUAGUAGCGAUUGAUGUUACAAUGGACGGUAUAUGGAACCUUCAUCUGUAGUUUUGGGGGCUCUUUUGGUUGAUUCACCUAGUGCUUUGUAACGUGGAAUGUUCUUCCGGUAUUCAAUGACAUGGAAAAAAAACUAGGUUGCUGAUCACGGAAAUAUUUUGAUGUGCA